AUGGUACACAGUAGCAAGUACGAUCUACUCAUUAAGCUCCUUUUGAUUGGUGAUAGUGGUGUGGGAAAGAGCUGCGUGCUAUUGCGUUAUUCCGAUGACUCGUUCACGACGUCCUUCAUCACUACCAUUGGUAUCGACUUUAAGGUUAAGACGAUCAGUUUGGAUGGCAAGCGGAUAAAGCUUCAGAUUUGGGAUACUGCGGGACAGGAACGGUUUCGGACGAUCACGACUGCUUAUUACCGUGGUGCUAUGGGAAUUUUACUGGUAUACGACGUGACGGACGACCAUUCCUUCCAGAAUAUUCGCAACUGGAUGACACAAAUUCGGCAAAAUGCGUCGUCUAAUGUGAACAAGAUUUUAAUCGGCAACAAAUGUGACGUGGAUCCGUCGGAGCGAGCAGUAACAACGAAACAAGGGCAGGAUCUAGCAAACGAGUUUGGUAUCCAGUUUUUCGAAACGAGUGCAAAGAGCAAUCAAAAUAUCGAUGAGGCUUUUCGAUCCAUUGCAGUGGACAUUCAGAAGCGAUUGGCAGAGGGCGAGCACGAUAGAUUAGACGUGGCAAACGGUAGCAAAUUCCGCAUGGACGAGUCUCAGGACCAAGGAAAAGACGGUUGCUGCGCAUGA